AUGAGUUUGCCAUCGCAAACACAGCACUCACAAGUCGGCAAAACACACGAGACGUUUUGUAUUCGAUUCUGUGAGCAAGUGGAAAGGAACUGCAAUCAGAAUGCAACACCGUCCAGUCCUCAAUAUACAGGAAAGAUCAAUAAAAUUUUCACUCAAAUGGCUGACGAAACGCGUUGGAAGAAAUUUGGUAACUUUCUGAAAAAGAAAAGUGAAUUGGAUGAAGGUGAUCUGUUGGCCAGAUUUACCACCAGUUGGUUUAAUUCACUCCAAAACAUUACUCAUGGCUGCGAACUUCACCGACUUCGGAUGUUUUUGUUCGUUUUUGAUCUGAUGAAUGGUGACACAUUGAAAGGAAAGUCGUUGAUUACACUUACCGCAACAUUGAUUACACAGGUAACAUACGGUCGUUUAUUAUUCAGUUUCGUAUAUUCCGAUUUUGAAUUCCUUUGCAUUCAUAUAACUGAAAAUUUCUAUGCGCCAUUCAUCCCAUGGACUGGUAUUGCAAGUGAUAUAAUAAAGCACUUAACUGAAAUGAAUUCAUCAAUUUUUGUGGUGAAUGAGAAAUCUUUGAAUGGUUAUAAAUAUGUCGAUGAAUUUCUUCUAAAAUUAUUGGAUAAUGUGCUUGUGACUGGAUCUUUCAAUAGUCUCACCUCACUGAUCGGUAGUUGCUCUCUGCAAACAACCCUGUAUGAAUACACCGAAAGUUUAUUCAAUAAAGAACUGAGUGCUCAGAUUGCAACGAAAUUGAUCGCAUUACUUGUAUGGAUACCAGAUGAAUUGCGCGAAAAGGUACUGGGACACUUAAUUUCGCAUCUGAAUGAAUCAGAGGAUUUAUUCGAUCUAUCGAAUCAACUCAAUGAAGUGUUCAUUUCAAACGCUGGUAUCGCUCGUCUGGCUUUUAAUUUAUUGAAGAAAGAUCGUCAUUUGGUAACGUCUCGUAUGUUUCCUUUGAUAUGUCAGCUAUUACUAUGUAAUAUUCCACGUUUACAUCAGUCAGCAUUAAUCGAGCUGAAACAAUCAAUUGGAAAAUUAUGGAAACAUUGUGAUAAGAUAAAUGAUAGUGCAUGGAUGAGAAGCGUUACUGGUGAAUGCGAUAUUGAGUUGUUGAUGAAUAAUUUUGAUAAACUCAUAACGAUCAUUUCAACUCAGCAAAAAUGGCUCAGUAUUGUUGAGCAACCACUUCAUGAGGUUGCGUUCAUGUUGAUCGAUGACAAAUCGAAGUCGCAGUUGAGGAUUGCGAAUGGAAGAAAUAAUUUUAAAACGAGACGAGACGAAAUGGCCGAUCUCAGUCUCGAAUUAUCGAGACGAUACGAGAGUCUCCUCUCGUCUCGAAUACCGAUAAGGAUCGAGGGCAAUGCACCUGUUUUGAUGAUGGGUAAACGUUUAUUAUUGACUAUAGCCGCAACAAAACCAAUUGAAAUCGCGAAUCUGCUUGAUAAAAUAUUUCAAAAACUUUCUGUGUCAACCAAUCAUAACUCAUCUCUUAUUCUCAUCGAUGUGAUAUUAAAUAUUGUAAUGGAACAUACUAUACAUUUAUUGAACUCAUGGAAGAGUUUGCGUCGUAUGGUUGAUGCCGUGUGUUGCUUCAGUGAGGAGAAUGGAGUAUUGUUAGUUCGUGCACUGUUACCGGUGAUCAUCCAGCGCGAGCAGCUCGUUCAGUUGAUUGUAUCGCGAAUGCGUCGCUAUGUUCUCUGCGAAACAACCUCAUCUACAGCUCUACCAAUACUUUUACUUCUGUUGAGGUCAUCCACUAUCCGAUCAGCAAUCAGAAAUGAUCAGUUCACACAAUCAUUUGCUACAUUCUCUACACAGGCAUUGCAAACAAUGGGAAUUAACACAACGAAAGGAAAUAGUGAUGUUGCAAUAGAGAUUAUAUCAAUCCUGAAACGAGCCCUAUCACAGCCAGCCUCCACUAGAUCACAACUUUAUAAAGGAAUAAUCGAAGCGUCCUAUGCAAAUGAGAAUCUGGUUGACGGUGCUCUUGAUUUGCUGCUAACUCAUCUUUCAACAACGCCUCCCAUCUCUCGCGAUAAUUAUGUUGAAUCGAAUAAAGUAUCAACUGUUCUGUUAGAGCCUUUACCUCAACUUAUUCAGGCAGUAAGUGUGUUAGUUCGUUUGUCGAUUCAUAGUCUUCGCAAUACAUCAACGCAAGUUGUAAGCUCGAAAGACGCUCAAGUGGUUGCGGCUAAUUCCGAGUUGGAUAAAUUCAUCGAAUUUGCUCGCGACCGAGAUGUUCACGAUUUAGAGGUUGAUAAAUUGUCUGACUUCUCAACGUCGGUCACUGGACGUGCAAAUGUUUUGUUCUCAACUAUGCUCAUUGCCUUAUAUGAUGCGUUGAUAGAACAUUUAUGGCAUGUUGGAAAUGUUCUUUUACAGUAA